UUCUUCGAUCGUAUUACGAUUACGACGUAUUGUGGCUUUAUAGACAUUGCCAUUUUUGGAUGCGGCGUAAUGUUUCGUAUGUCCCGCCAUUACUCGCGCUGUUGACAGUGUUCAGUUUAGUGCAUCAGUGUUGACCGCAGAGCCGCAGACCAGCUUCGCUCAUCCAAAACUGAAUUUAAUCUAAGGUAUAAUCUUUCAUUUUCAUUUAUAUCAUACAAAACGCAAAGCAACAUAGCAGAAUAUAUUUCAGUUAAUCUAAUAGAUAUUAAGUACUGAGCGAUCAUAGAGAAAACGGCAUGCACAAAUUAUAAGGUUAUGUUGACCGCGAAUUUUGUUCUAUACUCAUACUCAGCAAAUUUACACAUAUUUUAUUAAUAAUAAUCUUGAAAUUUGCGUAUUUCCACUAAGCCAGGAUGCAUGAGAAAGGAUCAUGUUCAAAAUCGAAAUGCAAAAAGUUUUGCGAAGUACAAAACAAAGGUUCCGCAACAGCUUGACAAAAACGAGUAAGUCAGAUCGUGACACCGAUGGUGACGAUGUAGAACUCAUGGAGGAAAUGCAGCCAUUGCAAUUACUAGACAACGAGUUCGAAAAUGAAGACGUCGAGGACAUGAUGGAUGACUCGAAUGACUCCGAUGACUAGCAAGGAAAAUAAUUUUACUGAUUUAUUCUUUCUAUUAACCAUACAGUAUUAAUUUGCGUUUGAUAUAAUAAUUUCCCAGCAAACAUUUUCUGCAAUUACAAAUGUGGCAACAAAUUAUGUUUGCCGGAAGGUCGCAAAUGGAAAACAUACUUUGUAAACAUACUUUAUUGCAAUUCUGUUAGCACACUUCCGUCAAUAUGCAACAUUUUCACCGUUCUAUUGUCAGAUCUGCUCUAAUGUUGUCGUCAAUUUGACUGUGGAAUAUGUUCGUCAGAUUUGGUUCACAGUGGAGACCAACUGAGGACACAGUAGGCUCUGGCUUUGGCAUUAUAGUUCCGCUGACAUUUGUUUCUCAUUUGGCAACAUCCCACAACCAAAAUGUUUGCUGGGUUAUAUUCUAGAAUUAAUGCAAGUUAUGUUUUGUGUUUGAUAACAUUUAUAUUCUAGAAUUUAUGCAAGCUUUAUAUUUGCGUUUAAUAUAAUAAUAUAUAUUCUAUAGAAUAUAUAUUAUUCUAUAGAAUAUAUAUUAUUCCCCCAUAGAAAUAUAAUUUUACUGAUUUAUCUCUUUCUUUUAACCAUACAGUAUUAAUUUGCGCUUGAUAUAAUAAUUUAUAUUCCAGAAUUAAUGCAAGUUAUGUGACAAGAUAAAAACGUGCAAUAUAAAAAACGUACAUGUGUCACCGUUUCGCAAUUUUAUAGUAUAUUCUUUAUUUUUCUAUCGCUGUGCAUGUUUUCUUGUCGAAUAUUAUAUGUAUUUCAUUAACAUUAUAAUUAUACAACUAUACAUGUUUAAAAAUGUUAUAAUUGCAAUAAAAAUGUUGUAUAAAACAUUCCAUUUUCUUUUAUUUCACAAGGUGGGGAAUACUAAUAAUAUAUUUUUAUACAACCUGAAAAUGUAUUUACACAACGUGUGAGCGAUAUGCGUGCACGCAUGCGCAAUCAUACGUGCGAGCCAUAUGAGCCUUAAUUGAGGACGCAUCUGUCUGCUGCUAUGAGCUCACUGUGCGUGCAUUUUGUUAUCUAGGGUCUUAUGUAUCUUUCUUUGGCAUGUCUUAGCCAGUCUAUAAUACACUUUUUUAUUCUCAGUAGUGUUGCAUCAUUAUUCAACUAUAUUAUAAUUGCUGAAAAAUAAAAUAAUAUCAUUGUUUUAUACUUUACUGAAAAAAACUGGAUGAUGUAUAUCUUUUUCAAUUAUAUGUUAAACUUAGGGUGCCUCCCCACGGAGCGUAACUUGCGUAAAGCGUAACCUGAAGUUACUAGAAAACUUCCGCCUAGUUAUUUUACGCCGUUACGUCGUUUUGUCAUUACGUCGAUUUCAAUUUCUGGCGGAAGAUACGCUGAUAUGUGUGGGUUAGUGCGUGCCGUCCAUUGAACUAUAACCUAACGUGCCGUCUCGUUCUUUGUUCGGUUGGCCUGUGUGGCGGUCUAGAAUUCCUCCACCGUUUCACUGAACCGGUAAAAAGUAAAUAAGGAUUAAAUUAGGUGUGGUAUCAUCGGCACGUCUACAACUAUCGUUCAGCAUCGCGACGGACGUCAGCUCUGUGCGUGUGCGGAGUUCCUCGCGAGAAACGUGUGCAUCGCGGGUUGCUCACACCGAUCAGUGGUAGCUGUCGUGAGAAAGUGUUUGUCGAAUAUUCGUACUUCUCCAUCAUUGUUGUCUCGUGUGCCCACACGAAUGCCCACAUCAACUCCAUGGACUUCGCAAUCCAAGAAAGUCUCUUCCGCAACGACGCCAGCUGUCAGUUCACAAAUACUAGCCACAAAUUCAAGAGGACCUUUCCAAACUGCAAGUUAUGAUGCAGAUGUAUCCUGGAAGCAAUCUCCUGUAAGCAAAAGAAAAAAGCAGGAAAUGAGCGAUGCUUUUCAAGGAGCCUUAAUUAAUGCUUUAAAAGAACCAACAACACAGAUCACUGAUCCGCUAGAUGGAUUUGUAUGUCGGUUAGCAGAAGGGAUGCGAAGACUGCCGUAUUGUGAGAGAGCUCGCCUAGAAAUAACAUUUUUAACAUUGCUCGCUGAAAAAGAAGAACUGUGUAACAAUCGAAAUAUGGAACCAAGGUAUUAGCUGGACAUGCAGCAACAAUAUUGCGUGUUAUCUGAAUGCAUCUUUUUCCUACUUCCUUUCCUUAUCAUAUUUUGGAUACAUAUAUAUAUAUAUAUAUAUAUAAGUAAUUUUAGAUACAUUUAUAUAAUAUAUUUAUAUAAUAAAAAACUUAUUUUUCAACAAUAUUUAUUUAUUAUAUCUCUUAUGAGAUAAGUAAUGAGCAGUCUGCCACAUCGGAGCACUGAUACUAUAUAUGUACUAUUCUAUAUUAUGACCUAAGAAGCAAUAAAUCAAUGUUCAAUGUUAA